AUGUCAGAAGGCUCACAGAACGCUGGCUCCCAAGAUGACGAAUCGUGUUCGUGCGCUGGCUCCCAAGAUGACGAAUCAUGUUCGUGCGCUGGCUCCCAAGAUGACGAAUCGUGUUUGUGCGCUGGCUCCCAAGAUAACGAAUCGUGUUCUGGUCUCAUUGAGGGAACUAUAUUGUUCAAAAAUUGCAGCGCUUGUGAUCUAUCACGUUGUGUUCUUGAAGUCGAUGAAACGUUGCGAUGUAAGAGAUUAUUAACUCCUAAAAACAGCCAGCAACGAAAAACUUCGUCAUUUUGCAAAGAAAAGGGUGAACUGCUUGCCAGAAAAUGCAGCAUCAUCCGCUCUAUCCAAAUUGGUACCAGUCGAUGGAUAGAGAUUGGUCCUUCCUCAUAUGUGCCUGAAGACGAAACUUUAGACAGCAUAAAAACAAUAAAUAGCCAAGAAAACCUGAACCUGGCUGUCACCAAGUGGCUGGAGCGUACUUUAUUACUAUCAAUCAAAAAAACUUUAGAUAAUAAUUCCAACUUGGAGGGCAAUGAUCAGGAUGGAGAUUGCAGAGUUAGUGAUGAUAUGGAUAGAGCUAGUUUUUCUGAACAAUCAGAGAUAUCUAACAUGGAUACUGACAACUGCUUUGAAAUAGACAAUAUGAGUACGUCGUCGAGCGCUUUUCAGGAAGUCACUGCAAGUGAUGAGGACGUGUCUUGGGAAGGGGGUGAAAUUAUCGACGGUCACGAUACUAUCACCAGUUAUAUGCUGAAGAACUGCCUAUUCUAUGUUGCAAACGACUUGAAAGACGCUGACAAAAAUAUCAGUCAUUUAGAUAUUACCAUUAAACUUUUUGAAAAACUGCAGAGCUGUGCUAAAGCAAAGAGACUUGAAUCCUUCUUCCUUCCGUACUUGAAUGUUUUCACAUUUACAAACGAGCAUAUCAAAAUGAUACCCGAAGACGAGGUUAUAGAAAGCACCAAGAUACAAUGUCACCGAAUACAAUUGUUCUGUGAGGUAAUUCUGGGAAUAUUGAGACAAAAUAUGCAAAACACUAUCGAUUAAAUCAUAACCAUUCACUUGUGUAAAUAUGACAUAGAUACAUUAAAUAAAAUAUAAAUUUUUAGGUA